AUGCCGAGCUUCAUUCCAAGCUUACCCAUUUCCAAUGCAGUUGCCAAAGUAGCAACAGCAACAGCAACAGCAACAGCAGCACGAGGAGGAAACAGCGAAGAUGAUGGUACCCAAAAUGAUGAUGGAUUGACGACGAUGGCACCAAAAAAAUACAACGCCGAAUGUGACUUUGAAACCCAGUCCUUCAAAUCUUGA